AUGCACGGCGGUCCCUCUGUUGCCCCAUCGGGCGAUUCCGCUGAGAACAUUUAUAAUCUUCUAUGUGCUGUUCAAACACAAGCGAACAAAGACGCGGAGGAAAUUAAAUCGUUGCGUCUUUGCAUUGCCAACUCUGAAAGUGAUGUUAUGAAAACACGCGAAGAAAUCUGCAGGUUAUCCCAACAGCAGGAAAAGGUGAAUGAAGAUAUAUCUGCAAAACGUCUCUCUCUUGAGGAACAGAAAAUACGUCACGCGGGAGUUAUGGAGAUCCUGCAAAAGACCAAGAAAGAACUCACAGAAGUUGCCGAUACCGUUAUGAAGUCUGAUCUGCCUAUUCACGCAGCAGCAGCAGUGCAGAGUGUGGCCCCGCAGGAAUCACAGGAGCCGUUGGCACCCGUGAAGCUUCGUGAUGCCGUACAAAGUUUGAGGAAAAAGAUUGAAAUGGCAACUCAACAACAACAACAACAACAAC